GAGACAAAGUGCUCGAUCAUUUCUGUCUGCUGCAUUACUCCUGACAAAGAGGAAGAAGAAAUUAAAAUGGCAAGCAUGAGUCUAGCAACCUCCCUUAUCAAAUUCCGUCCCAUUGGAUCUUCUGCCGUUACAAGAAGCGAUUGGAGACCCAGGAGCUUCACGGUAUCCCCAAGACCUCUUCAAGCAAGCGCACAAAAUGAAGCUUCGAAUGCUUGCGAUAAGGGCGUCAAUGCUGCAAAACAAGGGGCCAGAGAAGUGAAGAGGACUGGUGAAGAAAUAAAAGAUAAGGCCAGCUCUGCUGUUGAACAGGCAACCCAGAAAACAAAAGAGGUGGCAGGCAAGGCAUCAGACACUGCACAGGACCUCACUGAGAAAGCGAAGCAGACAGCCCAAGAUGCCUGGGGAUCAGCCAAGGAGACCGCCCAAAACAUCAAGGACACGGCGGUUGACAAGAAAGACGAAGCAAAGGAGUUCAUCAAAGAUAAUGCUGAGGCCGUCAAGCGUUCCAUGAACACCAAGAAUAGGAAUUGAUUAUUGAUAUAUAUGUUUUAAUUUCUUCAUGUUUCAUUGCUGCUCAUCAUCUUCCUUCUGUACCAACAUAUAAGUAUGGUCUACUGUCUCGAUUGUAUGGUUGAUGGAAUAAUUUUUACUCCUUUCCUUCAAGACUUGGAUUUGUAGAAAUGAUGAAUUCAUGAUCGUUUCCAGCUGCAUGCAGCAACAAAUUAAGUUGUUCACACUAGCCAAAAGUGAAGAGUUUCU